GUCAACACGGAUGGAUUGGUUCUAAGAGGGUGGUACAACUGUUUGACUUUGGCAAUAUAUGGCUCAGUUGACAGGGUAAUAAGUCAUGAGAGAGAAUCACCUCCUCCACCCCCACCUCCACCCCCACCUCCCCAGCAACAGCCUGGUUUGAAAAGAAACCCAAAACAUGUUGAUGGAGAGAAGGAAGACCAGUUCAAUGGCAGCCCUCCGAGACCACAGCCUAGGGGACCAAGGACACCUCCAGGCCCUCCUCCUCCUGAUGAUGAUGAGGAUGAACCCAUCCCAGUGUCAGUGGUUGGGGAAAAAGAAGAUGAUGUGGAUCACAGAGAGGAUUACUUUGAGCCCAUUUCUCCUGAUCGAACAUCCAUUCAUCAAGAAAGCCAGUAUUCUGAUGAUGGAGAAGUGGAGGAAGAUCAGCCAGAAGAAGGAGAAGAUGAAGAUGAUGUGGAUGUUGAGGAGGAGGAUGAGGAUGAGGAUGAUGAUGACGAUGAUGAGCAAACAGUAGAGAGUAUUGCUGAUGAAGAAGAGGAAGAGGAGGACGAAGAUGAAGAUGAAGAAGAGGGUGAAGAGGAGGAAGAAGGUGAAGGAGAUGAUGGAUAUGAGCAGAUUUCAAGUGAUGAAGAUGGAAUUGCUGACCUGGAACGUGAAACAUUUAAGUAUCCAAGCUUUGAUAUUGAAUAUACUCCUGAGGAUCUAGCAUCUGUGCCUCCUGUGACGUAUGAACCCUUUGAAAGGGAGCUUGGACCUCUUCUAUACUUCAGCUGCCCUUACAAGACUGUCUUUGAAAAUGAAGUUGAUAAAAUAAAGGACCAAGACCCAGAAAAAGAAAAUUCAGGGGCAGUGGAAGCCUCAGUUAAAUUAACGGAACUAUUGGAAUUAUAUCAAGAGGAAAGGGGUGCAAAGUGGGUCACUGCAUUAGAAGAAGUUCCGAGUUUAAUAGUGAAAGGAUUGAGCUACCUGCAGGCGAAAGACACAAAGCAAGACUAUAUUGCCCAGCUAGUAGACUGGACCCUGCAAGCUUUAAACCUUCAGGUCGCUCUCAAACAGCCCAUUGCUUUGAAUGUCCGACAGCUCAAAGCUGGGACAAAACUGGUAUCGUCGUUAGGAGAAUGUGGGACUCAAGGAAUAAUGGCUCUCUUGCAGGCAGGAGUUAUUAAUGUGUUAUUUGAAUUGUUGUUUGCAGAUCAUGUAUCAUCCUCCCUUAAACUGAAUGCUUUUAAAGCUUUGGAUAGUGUUAUUAGUAUGACUGAGGGAAUGGAAAUGUUUCUAAGGGGUGGUGGAGAUGUGCAUGAAAAAAGUGGUUAUCAGAAACUCUUGGAACUCAUACUGUUAGAUCAGACUGUGAGAGUAGUUACUGCUGGUUCUGCAAUUCUCCAGAAGUGUCACUUCUACGAGAUUCUGUCAGAUAUUAAAAAGGUGGUUGAUCAAUUAGCAGAGAACACUCCUUCUCUUCCUAAUCAUACGGAGCCAGAACAGGACCAGGACUUGGCAACGCUUGAAAGAACCAAUCAAGAAUAUGAGAAUGAUGUGGAGGCUCCUAUGGACAUGGAUCAUCUUUUGGAAUCUUCUAACAUAAGCGAAGGAGAGAUGGAAAAACUCGUUAGUCUUCUUGAAGAAAUCUUCCAUUUAAUGGAAACUGCUCCUCAUACAAUGAUUCAGCCACCUGUGAAAUCUUUCCCAACAAUGGCACGCAUUACAGGCCCUCCAGAAAGGGAUGAUCCGUACCCCGUCCUGUUUAGAUAUCUUCAUAGUCACCAUUUCUUGGAAUGCAUUACUUUGCUACUGUCUAUUCCGGUGACAGGUGCACAUCCAGGAGUGCUUCAAGCCAUACGAGAUAUAUUGCGUUUCCUGGCACAGUCACAGAAGGGGCUGCUUUUCUUUAUUUCCGAGUACGAAGCAACGAACUUGUUGAUUAGAGCUCUUUGCCAGUUUUCUGAUCCAGAUCAGGAGGAAGGUCUCCAAUCAGACGGUGCCAACGAGGAUACUUUUGCCCUGUGGCUCCUCCAUUCAACGCAGACGUUACAGUGCAUUUCAGAAUUAUUCUGCCACUUCCAGCGGUGCACAGCCAGUGAGGAGACCGACCACUCGGAUCUGCUGGGAACACUUCACAACCUUUACUUGAUUACCUUUAAUCCUGUGGGAAGAUCUGCUGUGGCUCAUGUAUUCAGUCUGGAGAAAAAUCUGCAAAGUCUUAUUACUCUAAUGGAGUACUAUUCCAAAGAAGCUUUAGGAGACUCAAAGUCUAAGAAGUCGGUUGCUUAUAAUUAUGCCUGCAUCCUUGUUUUGCUGGUGGUGCAGUCUUCCAGUGAUGUCCAAAUGCUGGAACAGCACUCGGCGCCUUUGCUGAAGCUUUGUAAAGCAGAUGAAAAUAACACCAAAUUGCAAGAGCUCAGCAAGUGGCUUGAACCUUUGAAAAAUCUUAGAUUUGAAAUAAAUUGCAUUCCAAAUCUCAUUGAAUAUAUCAAACAGAAUAUUGACAGUCUGAUGACCCCAGAUGGAGUUGGUCUUCCUACUGCACUUCGUGUUCUUUGUCAUGUUGCGUGUCCACCGCCUCUGGUAGAAGGUCAGCAGAAAGACCUCAAAUGGAAUCUUGCAGUCAUUCAGCUCUUUUCUUCGGAGGGAAUGGACACCUUCAUCCGGGUAUUACAGAAGCUGAACAGCAUACUUAUUCAGCCUUGGCGUCUCCACGUCAACAUGGGCACCACGCUUCACAGAGUUACUACCGUUUCAAUGGCUCGCUGCACGCUUACUCUCCUUAAAACCAUGCUGACAGAACUCCUGAGGGGGGGUUCUUUUGAAUUCAAAGACAUGCGUGUUCCAUCGGCACUUGUUUCUUUGCACAUGCUCCUGUGCUCUAUUCCUCUCUCGGGCCGCUUAGAUAGCGAUGAACAAAAAAUACAGAAUGACAUUGUUGACAUCUUGCUGACUUUUACACAAGGUGUUAAUGAAAAACUUACGAUUUCUGAAGAAACUUUGGCGAACAAUACUUGGUCUUUAAUGCUGAAGGAAGUCCUCUCUUCAAUUUUGAGAAUUCCUGAAGGCUUUUUCUCUGGGCUUAUACUGCUUUCAGAAUUGUUGCCCCUUCCACUGCCUAUGCAGACGACUCAGGUAAUUGAACCACAUGAUAUUUCUGUGGCACUCAACACCAGGAAGCUGUGGAGUAUGCAUCUGCAUGUUCAGGCCAAACUGAUACAAGAGAUAGUUCGAUCUUUUUCCGGUUCAUCUUGCCAGCCUAUCCAGCAUAUGUUGAGACGUAUUUGUGUUCAGUUGUGUGACUUGGCUUCACCUACUGCUCUUCUUAUCAUGAGGACUGUACUGGAUUUGAUUGUAGAAGACCUGCAAAGCAACACGGAAGAUAAAGAGAAGCAGUACAGUGGGCAGACCACUCGACUGCUUGCUUUAUUGGAUGCCCUGGCUUCACAUAAAGCUUGUAAAUUGGCUAUUUUGCAUCUUAUCAAUGGAACUACUAAAGGGGAUGAAAAGUACGCAGAGGUGUUCCAGGAGCUCUUGGCGCUGAUGCGAUCGGCUGGGGACAAUGUCACUCAUCAGCAGUGCGCUGAAUAUGUAACUUCUCUUUUGCAGUCCCUCUGUGAUCAGGAUAUUGCACUCAUUUUACCAAGCUCAUCAGAAGGCUCCGUGUCUGAAUCUGAGCAGCUUUCCAACUCCUUACCAAACAAAGAGCUGAUGCCCUUAAUUUGUGACUGUCUGAUGGAAACAUUAACUAAUUCUGAGAGCAGUUACAAUUGUCUGCUGACGUGUAUCCGAACAAUGAUGUUCCUUACAGAGCAUGACUAUGGCUUCUAUCAUUUAAAGAGCUCUCUAAGAAAACACAGCACUGCUCUGUACACUGUAUUAAAACGAGUAAUAACUAGUUUUAGCAAAGACACAGGUGAACUGGCCUCUUCUUUUUUGGAUUUUAUGCGACAGAUUCUAAACUCUGAUACGGUGGGAUGCUGUGGAGAUGAUGGAAGCCUUAUGGAAGCAGAUGGUUCUCAUCCAGGCAGAACGCUGGGACUAACUACCGCAGAGUUAAAACAUCUACUGCAGAACAAAGAAGAAACCCCAGAAAACCUGCUUCUUGAUCUGGAGAAACACGUUAUGGAUCGUUCUAAGGAAGAUGAUGGCCUCGAAUCCUUACUGGACAACAUUGUUGGAGUGAGGCAAAUGUUGGAAGCAGCAGGUGAUUCUUGUCCGCUGAGUGACCAAGAUGUAGAGCCUGUUCUUUCUGCACCAGACUCUCUUCAGAAUUUGUUUAACAACAGGACUACGUACGUGUUGGCAGAUGUGAUGGAUGACCAGCUGAAGUCCAUGUGGUUCUCACCCUUCCAGGCUGAAGAAAUAGACACUGAUCUGGAUAUGGUGAAAGUUGACUUAAUUGAACUGUCAGAGAAGGGCUGCAGUGACUUUGACUUGCAAGCUGAAUUGGAGAGGUCAUUUUUGUCAGAACCAUCAUCUCCUGGCCGCACAAAAACCACAAAAGGGUUCAAACUCGGCAAGCACAAGCAUGAGACCUUCAUAACUUCAAGUGGAAAAUCUGAGUACAUAGAGCCUGCAAAGAGAGCUCAUGUUGUGCCACCACCAAGAGGAAGAGGCAGGGGAGGAUUUGGACAAGGAAUUCGACCACAUGAUAUCUUCCGUCAGAGGAAACAGAAUACGAGCCGGCCACCUUCCAUGCACGUGGAUGAUUUUGUUGCUGCAGAGAGUAAAGAAGUGGUUGCUCCAGAUGGGAUACCACCAGCCAAAAGACCACCAAAAGUGUCGCAGAAGAUUUCUUCGCGUGGUGGAUUCUCAGGGAAUCGGGGAGGACGAGGAGCUUUUCACAGUCAGAACAGGUUCUUUACACCACCUGCUUCAAAAGGAAAUUACAGUCGUCGUGAAGGUGCCCGAGGCUCAAGUUGGAGUGCACAGAGUACACCCAGGGGAACCUACAAUGACAGUAGAGGUGGUCAAAGCAAUUUUAACAGGGGUCCACUGCCACCAUUGAGACCAUUAAGUUCAGCAGGCUACCGACCGAGUCCUCGCGAUCGUGCUUCCAGAGGCCGGGGAGGAAUUGGACCGUCUUGGACAAGUGCUAAUAGUAGUAGCAGUGGUGGCUCAAGAGGAAAGUUUGUUAGUGGAGGCAGUGGAAGAGGUCGUCAUGUACGUUCCUUCACACGAUAA